UUACAGGUGUGCACCCCCAUGCUUGGCCCUUCCCUUUCUUCUUGAUAUCUAUCUAUAAGAUCAGUAGUGACAUACUCUUUUUCAUUAUAUAUAACUCACCUGCCAUUACCUGGAACUAGAACCAGAAAAUACUCAAUUUCCAUGUGGCAAACAACAGCUAUGUUUUCCAAGUACCUGAAACCUCCUUCAUCUGCUCCAUGGAGCCUCUACCCCUUCUGAGACUUGAUCCUAACUUUUGGCCCCCUUGAGCUAGUGUGGCAGUUCCUUAUCCUUCCUAUUUUUUCAUUGAGUCCAUAACCGUCUGGAAUGAAGACUAUUAUUUCCCAGUUUCUCUUGCAGUUACAUGUAGAUGAAGGAAUGAAGUAUGGGUGUUUCAAGUUGAAUCCUCUGGAGUCAAAAGCUGAGAUGGAAUUUGGAGUCAAGAUAUUUAUUAGGAAUCAAUGCCUGUGAAAGGAAGAGUGCUAACUCAAGGCAGAAGUGGUGCAACUGUGAAGCCUCGGCCACCCCAGUGGGGAGCUUACCAUCACCUAUUGCCUGUCAAAGUAUACCCUGUAGAGCCAAUAGGGCUGGGCCUUUACUGCCUCACUCUCAUAGUCAACAAAUAACAAAUUGCUCUGGACCCUGUCUUACUGAGCUGGGGAUAUGGCUCAGCGGUUAAGCACCUCUUAGUACAAAAAAAAAAAAAAAAAAAAAAAAAAAAAAAAAAAAAAAAAAUUCCUUGCAUGAUUAUGGAAGCUGACAAACUCAAGAUCUGCAUCUGCAGGGUGAGUCUGUAAGUUGGCUGAUUGGCUGAUCCAGGAGAGUCAAUCAGGUUCAAAGGCCUAAGAACCAGGAAAAUUGGUGGGGUAGUUACAGUCUGAAGGCUAGUAGGCUUGAGACCCAGGAAAAAUGGACAUUUUUGUUAGGGUUUAAAACAGAAAAAAAAUGUUAGAAAGCAGACAGGAUCAGGUGUGGUGGUUCAUGAGUGUGAUCCCAGUGACUUGGGAGGCUGAGGCAGGAGGAUCAUGAGUUUAAAGCCAGCCUCAGCAAAGGCAAGGUGCUAAGCACAACUCAGUGAGACCCUGUCUUUAGAUAAAAUACAUAACAGAGAUGGGGAUGUGGCUCAGUGGUUGAGUGCCUCUGAGUUCAAUCCCUGGCACACUGCCCUCCCAAAAGAGACAUUGUCUAUCUAAGUUGCCAAGGCUGGUCUCAAAAUUGCAAGAUCUUCUACUUGGGCCUCUCAAGUAGCUGGGAUUACAGGCCUGGGCCACCACCAUUGGCAAAAAAGUAUCAAGUUUUUAGAGAAAAAAUAGGAAAAAAUUUUGGGGAUGGAGUGCAGAGAAAAAUGUUCUUUGAGGGCCAGGGAUAUAACUCAGCGGUAGAGCACUUGCCUAGCAUGUGGAGGUCCUGGAUUCCAUAAGUUUUUGAUUCGACACCAAAAUCGCAGUCCAUAAAAAGGAAAAAUUGAUUAAUCUUACUUUAUCAAAAUUAAAAAUGUUUCCGUGGAAGAGACUGUUAAGAGGAGAGAACAAGCCACAGGAUGGGAGAAAAUUUUUGUAAACCACAUAACUGACAAAGGACUGGUAUCUAUAUAAUAAAGCAAUCAGUAAGGGGCAAGCACUCCAACAAGAAAUGGCUAAAAGACAGACAUUUUAUUGAAGAGAAUCUACCGAUAUCAAAUAAGCCUAUGUAAAGAUGUUCGACGUCAUUAACAAUUAGAGAAAUACAAAUUAAAUCACAAUCACAAUUAGGUAUCACUUUGCAUCUAUCGGAAUAGCUAAAGUAAGAAAGUAACACUAAAUCCAUGAGGAUGUAGAGAAACUGGAUCGCACAUACAUUGUUGGUAGUAUUGUAAAUGGUACAGACAUUCUGAAUUACAAUUUGUCCAGUUUCUUAAAAAAACCAAACAUAGGUUGGGCGCGACCAUAAUCCCAAAGACACUAGAUGCUGGGGCAGGAGAAUAAUCGCAAAUUCGAGAUCAGCCUUGGCAAUUUAGCGAGACCCUGUCUCCAAAUAAAAAUAAAAAAACGAAACAUGAAACUACCAUGCAACCCAGCAAUUGCACUACUGGGUACUAUUAUUAUAAUACCAUUUCAAAUAUGAAGAAACUGAAGUUUUGAGAGACUGGGUGAUUAAGUCUCUAACUCCAAAGAAGCCGCUUCCAUCCUAGGAGAAGGCUUCUUUCAAGACACCUCACACCAAGAAAGUCACAUCCCACAGCCCCAGCCCAUCACGUGGUACCUACGCCAAACACUCCAUUCUAAAUGAGCUAACAAGGCUCCAAAUCCGACCUCCUCUCGGGGCCGGCACUCGGAAGUUGCUAUCAGUUCCAGAGCCCGACCCAAACUCGACUUUUCCUAAACCCUAGGCGUCUACCCAGGUGGUAACUAACUCUCCGCAGCCCAGUACGUUGCAAAUUGUCCUUCAGGCUGCAGCACUGCCAGUUCUCCAGCCUAGAAGAAAACGCUAGGGGCCAAAGCCGAAGGCCCGCCAGUAAUAGCUAACCCUGCAGAGCUGAGUACUUGACCCUCCACCAAGCCCCACCUCCUAGCUGGUCGGUUGAGCCUCCCGGGCAGCUGAGCCUCUGCAGCAUCACUAGGCCCGCCCCUUCCUUGGCGGGCGAGUGCCGAACUCAUCGAACGCAGCCAAUGAGUGAAGCGGCGGCAGCGUGGCGGGAGGUUCGAUUGACCAGCCUGGCGGCUGUUAACGCGCGCUUUGGGAAGAGGAAGGUUAAUGGGGAGUUGCGUGUCCCGGAAUCCAUCUCUGCCCCUGUUUUCGGCCCGGUCUGGGAUUCUCCUUCCAGCUUGGGUUUUUAUUGGUUCUUCUUGGAUCCUUGCUCGACCUCCCUCAGUCCAGUCCUGCCAUCCGCACUCCAGCCCGGGGAAAUCCCCCUCCUCCGGAUCCAGGCGCCUCGCCCUCCUUCGGUCUCGGACUUUAACCCCAGCUUCUCUGCUAGCCUUUGGUUACUGCCUCCCACCUCGCACCUAUCUCCUCUUAACCCCUACCGGAACCAUUAUCCCAACUCCACUUUGCCCAUUCUGGGACUACAUCUGUCUCCUCCCCCAUCCUAGAUUUAUAUUCGACUCUAUCUGGACAUUUUCUCUUUGGACAUUUUCUCUCGACUCAGCUAACUGGCGCUCAACAUUCUCAUAGUUUGGACUCAAACUCCAGCUCUUGGCUGGGUCCACUUCAUCCAUGCCCCCUUUUUGAUUAACCCUUAUUCUCAAAAAUAUAGCAGUUCCGUCUACAUCAAGUCCUCCUCUUGCGUUCUCCGCUGCUGAGUGCCUUUUACCUUUGACUGAUGGGUACUUGACGUUUGGACCCAGGAUGAGGAGGAGCUUAGCUCCCAGCCAGCUGGCCAGAAGGAAACUGGAAGGCCGAUCUGAUGAUGAUGAAGAAUGGCAGCCUGAGGCAGUGAUGCCAAAGAAACAGAAAUCAAAUAAUGAGACCCAGAUCCAGGAGUGUUUCCUGUCCCCUUUCCGGAAACCUUUGAUUCAGCUAACAAAUCGACUACCCUGUCUGGAUAGCAGUCAACAUGAAGCCAUUAUUCGAAGCAUUUUGUCAAAGCCUUUCAAAGUUCUUCCAAAUUAUCAAGGUCCUCUGGGCUCUCGGGCAUUGGGUCUGAAAAGGGCGGGGGUCCGCCGGGCCCUUCAUGACCCCCUGGAAGAAGGUGCCUUGGUUCUGUACGAGCCUCCCCCACUGAGGUCCAUGUCAGCUGUGAAGCUUGACAAGGAAAAACUUCCUGUCCAUGUGGUUGUGGAUCCUAUUCUCAAGGUUUUGCGGCCUCAUCAGAGAGAGGGAGUGAAGUUCCUGUGGGAGUGUGUCACCAGUAGGCGCAUACCUGGCAGCCAUGGCUGCAUCAUGGCUGAUGAGAUGGGCCUGGGAAAGACACUGCAGUGCAUCACGUUGAUGUGGACACUUUUGCGCCAGAGUCCAGAGUGCAAGCCAGAAAUUGACAAAGCAGUUGUGGUGUCGCCCUCCAGUCUGGUGAAGAACUGGUAUAAUGAAGUUGGGAAGUGGCUCGGAGGAAGGAUCCAACCUCUGGCCAUCGAUGGAGGAUCUAAAGAUGAGAUAGACCAAAGCUUAGAGGGAUUCAUGAACCAGCGUGGCAGAGUGCCUUCUCCCAUCCUCAUCAUUUCCUAUGAGACCUUCCGCCUUCAUGUUGGAGUUCUACAGAAAGGAAGUGUUGGACUGGUCAUAUGUGAUGAGGGACACAGACUCAAGAACUCUGAAAAUCAGACUACCAGGCCCCUGGACAGCUUGAACAAGCGGCGGGUGCUCAUCUCUGGGACCCUCCAGAAUGAUCUGCUUGAAUAUUAGCUGGUACAUUUUGUUAAUUCAGGCAUCCUGGGGACUGCCCAUCAGUUCAAGAAACUUGAAAUGCCAAUUUUGAAGAGUCGAGAUGCAGAUGCCAGUGAAGAAGACAAGCAGCUAGGCGAGGCACGACUGAGGGAACUUAUCAGCAUUGUGAAUAGGUGCCUGAUACGGAGGACCUCUGAUAUCCUUUCUAAAUAUCUGCCUGUAAAGAUUGAGCAGGUGGUUUGUUGCAGGCUGACACCCCUUCAGAUUGAGUUGUACAAGAGGUUUCUGAGACAGGCCAAACCAGCAGAAGAGUUGUGUGAGGGCAAGAUGAGUGUGUCUUCCCUUUCUUCCAUCACCUCGCUGAAGAAACUUUGUAAUCAUCCAGCUCUAAUACAUGACAAGUGUGUGGAAGGGGCAGAUGGCUUUGAGGGUGCCUUGGACAUCUUCCCUCCUGGUUAUAGCUCUAAGGCUCUAGAGCCACAGCUGUCAGGUAAGAUGCUGGUCCGAUAUAUUCUGGCAGUGACACGAAGCCGCAGCAGUGACAAAGUAGUGCUGGUAUCCAAUUAUACCCAGACAUUAGAUCUCUUUGAGAAGCUCUGUCGGACCCGAAGGUACUUGUAUGUCCGCCUGGAUGGCACAAUGUCCAUUAAGAAGCGAGCCAAGGUCGUGGAGCGCUUCAACUGUCCAUCGAGCCCUGAUUUUGUCUUCAUGCUGAGCAGCAAAGCUGGGGGCUGUGGCCUCAAUCUCAUUGGGGCUAACCGACUGAUCAUGUUUGACCCUGACUGGAACCCGGCCAAUGACGAACAAGCCAUGGCCCGGGUUUGGCGUGAUGGUCAAAAGAAGACCUGCUAUAUCUAUCGCCUGCUGUCUGCAGGUACCAUUGAGGAGAAGAUCUUCCAGCGGCAGAGCCACAAGAAGGCACUGAGCAGCUGUGUAGUGGAUGAAGAACAGGAUGUAGAGCGACACUUCUCUCUGGGCGAGUUGAAGGAGCUAUUUACCCUGGAUGAGGCUAGCCUCAGUGAUACACAUGACAGGUUGCACUGCCGCCGUUGUGUCAACAGCCGCCAGGUCUGGCCACCCCCUGAUGGUUCUGACUGCACUUCAGACCUGGCCCAGUGGAACCAUAGCACUGAUAAACGGGGGCUCCAGGAUGAGGUACUCCAGGCUGCCUGGGAUGCUGCCUCCACUGCCAUCACCUUCGUCUUCCACCAGCGUUCCCAUGAGGAGCAGCGGGGGCUCCACUGAUAACCAGCUGGUCUGAGUGUAGCUGUUAGUGGAAGGGUACAGGGAAAAGGGGCUUCCUGCCCCACAGGGCCCUGCUGAAUUUUGUUCUCUGGGAGAAAAUCAUCAAGAAGGGCUGCAUGAUGUUUGCCCAAAAUUUAUUUUAUAAGAAAAACUUUUCUGGUUAAAAAAAAGAAAGGAAUAAAGGUAUGAAAGGGACUGAGGCCUGGGAGCAGUGUGGUAAGCCCAGGAGGGAAGAGGCCUGGUAGUGGGCAUUCCUAUACUUUUCUAAAGCCUGGUUACUUGCUUGAGGUGGGAAGGCAGGACCCCAGGAGGGGGCUGUCCUCAGUGACAGUGAUUACCACUGUAAUCUCUUGGCCAGGGUUCUUGGUUUUGAGUAAGGGGCUCUAAACCCAGCUGUGAGAAUGUCUUUGCUGGGCCCUGUCAAGGCCUCCAGAACCUCAGUGCCAGGGAAGAUGGAAAAAAGAGGGAAAAGGUGGCAGAAAGAGAAAGAACUGGUGACUGGGGAUUCUGGGCAGCCCAUGCCUCAGCCCCUGCAAGCUGAUGGUACUGAGCAUGGACCUGUGAGGUAUGGGCCCCAUCACAUGGUGCUGACAUAAUCUGCAAAAGCCUGGGAUGAGUCCCAUGAGUCGCUAACCACGUGACAGGUGGCCCGGAGCCGCCGGAUAGCUUCCCUGGCUGUGACUGCAUCCUGGUCCAGCCAGUUCUGGAAGAGACGCAGGUGACCAAAGGCUCCACGGCCCCAGCGCUCCAGCCGCUUGGCAAACUCCAGAAGCCCAUCUGGCUUGAUGCAGUUGGAACUGGUAGGGAUGAGAUGGAUUAGAUAUCCAGGAAGCAAUUCAUCCCUGUUAAGAUAUCCCUGUGGUCCCAUCCCUCCCUGCCCGCUGCCAUGUACCUGAUGUCCAGCUGACAGAGAGAAGAGGAAGAAUCCUCUGAGAAAACAUCUGCCAGAGCCAGCAGGCCUGCAUUACCUGGAUAGAAGGGGAGAAGUGCCCAUUACCUCUACCCAAGAACCGGGAACAUGGGUACUCCAACCCAACUCUGGCUGGGAGUUCUUAAAGCCCAGCACAUAAAUGUUUAUAUUCUAACCCUCAUAUUCCCAGUGGAGAGGUUUGUGCCUGUACCCAGUGAGUUUCUAGGUCAAAGGCCUGGCUCCUUUCCCCUCUCCCUCCCUAGGGUCUGGUCCCCACCCAGGCGGUUCCCUGGCAGCCGAAGGCCCUUCAGUGUUGAGUUGCCCUUCAUAGCAGCCACCAUCUCAGGCAGAAAUUGGGCUGGGCGCUUCUCGAACAGACGGCAGAAGGAGAAGGUAAUUUCUGUCAAGAGAAAUAAGAGUAAAUUCUAAUGGCUGUAUUAGGACUGGUGUUGCCCCUCCUGCCCCAGGUGGCCCUAGCAAGGUAUGCAAACAUUUUAUGGAAACCCAGAAAGGGGAAGGAAUUUGUCCAAAACUGCAGGCAGGGCUGGAUCUAAAUCAGGAUUUAAAUGAGAGAUUAAGCCUAAAUGUUACUGUAUGUUCAGUUCCCCAUGCACUUCCUUCUCUCUCUAUAUAUAUAUCCAAUGACCACCCUCUCUGCAGAGGUGGGAAUUAGAGACAAGAUUAUGAGGAGAGAUUGGCACAACACCUUUAUUUCUCCCUAUCACCACUAUUUCUGCCAGUCCCUGAAAAGUAAGAAAAACUUUUUGGUGAGAUACUCUAAAAGAGUAAUUUCUCAAUGUUUGUAGAGGAGGAGUUGAGUUUGGGACUUAGAGAAGGAAGUUCAUGCAGGUUCUGUUCUUUUUAUAGUUGAGGACACAAGGUGAAGAAAGGAACGCUGGUAUGCUCACUCACUGAGAUAGUAGCAGAACCACAAUGAGAAUGAAGAAUGUCUAGGUUCUGGAUUAGGAACUUACCUUGAAGAGUCAGAUUUUGUAGCAAAAAGAGCACCUCGCUCUGACAGUCAGCCAGAUUCAUGUCAUGGAAGCUCAGCCUCUUCAGGGCUAGGUUGUACUCUGGAUAGGAGACAGAGACCAUGAGCCAACCUUAAUGUUUCCAGAAAGCAAUACUAUAUUUCUGCCUGUCCCUCUUCCUCUGGCUGGAUCCUACCUUUGAGUGUCUGCAGCACAAGCCCGAAAUCCUGGGGAGAGGCAAAGGUGGCACUAUCCAGGGACAGUUGCUGCAGAGAACCUGAGGCCUUCAGAACAGAGCAAAGCAGUGGGGCUGGCUGGGCUCCUCGUGGAAAUCCCAUCUCCAACUGCUCCAGGCAGUUUUCUAGAUGUGAAAGAGAGAGAUGAUUGCUGCUGGUCAUCUCUACCUCUCUUCCAUAGCAGGUCCCAUCCCCUCUUUAAUGGAUUCACUAAGAAAAUAAUUUAUUCAUUUACUUGGCCUUGAGUUUCAGGCACUAUGCUAGGUUCUGGGAAUAAAGCACUAAAUAGAUUUGGUUCUUUCCCUCAUAGAGUUUUUAGUCUAGGUAGACUAAACCACUCAGACAUACAGAUAUAACAGGGUAGGGACUUUGGGAAGAUAAAAGACAUACAGGAACUAAGGGAAUGUAUAGCAGGGGGACCUGGCCUGAAAGUGAGUUUGGUUCUUGGUUCAGACUACUGCCAUGGUCACUCUUCUGUGUUUAUGGUGAUCUGGGCUCUGUUCAGCCCAAGGUUAUCUAAAAGA